AUGGUGAGAAUUGAAUGUGUGAAGGUGAUUGGUCUCAAGGAGGUGAAGGCCCUGCUAAGAGUGACCCAGGCUCAGAUCAUCAGAGGGAGGAUCCCAGGCCUGUCAGGACUCAAGAGAGUCAUGAUGUCUCAUAAUCAGAAGAGCCAGCCACAACCACAGGCACAGGACCUGGCGGAUGUCCAGGUCUCCAUGGCUGAGGAAGAGGCCAUACUGCCUUCUAAUACUCCAGUAGCCGCUGAGAUGGCAAGUCAUUCUCAGAAUCUUCAGAGAGCCUCCAAUGCCCUAGCUGUCAUGGCUGCCCUUCCAGAAGGCCAUGAAGCUUCCCCCAGUAACCAAGGAAAGGAUAUGGAAGGUGCUGAGCACUUAGAGGAGAAUGCACCGAGUAUAAAGGUAGCCGACUUAGUGCAGUUUCUGCUCCUCAAGUAUCAAAAGAAGGAGCCAGUCACUAAGGCAGAAAUAAUGGAGAGUAUCAUUGGGAAUUACCCAGAGAGUUAUGCUGAGAUCUUUGAUGAAGCCACUAAGAACAUGCGUCUGAUCUUUGGUAUUGAUAUGAAGGUAGUGGACCCUCCUGGGUCCUGCUAUGUCCUUGUCAUUGCCCUGGGGCUCACAUAUGAUGGGAUGCAGAGUGAUAGCCAGGGCAUUCCCAAGACGGGGCUCCUGAUACUUGCAUUAGGCACCAUCGCCUUUAAGGGCAGCCCUGUCUGUGAGAAGGUAAUGUGGUCUGUACUAAAUUUGAUGGGAGUGUAUGACAUGGAGGAUCACUACAUCUCUGGGAACCCCAGGAAACUGAUCACUGAGGAUUUUGUGCAGGAAGGGUAUCUGAGGUACAGGCAGGUGCGCUACAGUUACCCUGCUCAGUAUGAGUUCCUUUGGGGCCCAAGAGCCCAUGCUGAAACCAGCAAGAAUAAAGUUCUGAAGUUUUUGGGCAAUAUUGGUGAGCACCUGCCCUUUUGA